AUGGGUCUCCUCAGCGAGGCGGCGACGCAGGCGUUGAUACCGUUGGCGGCGGCGGUGGGCAUCGGGUUCGCCUUGUUGCAGUGGUUCCUGGUCUCCCGGGUGAGCAUCUCCGGCGAUCCGGGGAAGAACGACGGGUUUGCCGACAACCUGAUGGGGGACGAGGAGGAGAGCACCGACGAGCAAGCCGUCGUCGCGAGAUGCGCCGAGAUCCAGAGCGCCAUCUCCGUCGGUGAGUCUCGAGCUCCUCGUCGGGAGUCUCAGCGCCUUACUGCUUUCUUCGUCUCUGAAGCCUCCGGUCUUGGUCUUUGCACGUAGGGGCGACGUCGUUCCUGUACACUGAGUACAAGUACCUCGGUGUCUUCACGGUGGUCUUCAGUGCGAUCAUUUUCCUCUUCCUCGGUUCCGUGAAGGGGUUCAGCACGGAGAAGGAGCCCUGCACUUACACUAAGGGGAGGCUCUGCAAGCCGGCGCUGGCUGGGGCCGCCUUCAGCGCGCUAGCCUUCCUGCUCGGUGCAGUCACCUCCGUUCUCUCAGGCUUCCUGGGGAUGAAGAUAGCGACCUAUGCCAACGCCCGGACGACUCUGGAGGCCAGGAAAGGCGUUGGAAAAGCUUUCGUGACGGCCUUUCGAUCCGGCGCCGUGAUGGGUUUCCUCCUCGCCGCGAAUGGCCUGUUGGUUCUGUACAUCUCCAUCAACGUGUUCAAACUCUACUUCAGGGACGACUGGGAGGGCCUCUACGAGUCCAUAACUGGUUAUGGGCUGGGCGGCUCUUCAAUGGCCCUCUUUGGGAGAGUCGGAGGGGGGAUAUACACCAAGGCGGCCGAUGUCGGCGCUGAUCUGGUCGGCAAGGUUGAGCGGAACAUCCCCGAAGACGACCCACGUAAUCCCGCGGUAAAAUCCUUGGACUUGUCCCUUUUUGUCUCCUCUCUCUUGUUCUCUGCAUUCUAAGCACCUGGGUUUGUGCAGGUUAUUGCAGAUAAUGUAGGUGAUAACGUGGGAGAUAUUGCUGGGAUGGGGGCUGACCUGUUCGGCUCCUACGCCGAAUCCUCUUGUGCCGCUCUGUUCAUCGCGUCGAUCUCGUCGUUCGGGGUCGAUCACGACUUCUCCGCUAUGUCAUAUCCCCUCAUUAUAAGCUCAAUGGGGAUCGUAGUCUGCCUGAUCACCACUCUGUUCGCCACAGAUUUCCUCGAGAUUAAGACCGUGAAGGAGAUCGAGCCGUCGCUGAAGAAGCAGCUUCUCAUAUCCACUGUCCUGAUGACCGUGGGGAUAGCCAUCGUCAGCUUUGUAGCCCUGCCGUCGAAAUUCACCCUUUUCGACUUCGGAUCAGAAAAGACUGUGAAGAACUGGUACUGUGCCUCGCUCCAUUGCUCAUAAAUUCAACAUCUUUGACCGUCCUGAUUCUCAUCUAAGAAAAGAAACAUGUUUCGGACAGGCACCUCUUCUUCUGUGUCUCGGCAGGCCUCUGGACUGGGCUUGUGAUUGGCUACAGCACGGAGUACUUCACAAGCAGUGUUUACCGGUGAGCCCUCUUACUCUUCAUUCCCCAUGGACACCUCGGGUAUUCAGUUUAUCAAUCCUGAUGAUGUUACGCGCCUUGGGAACAAUCCAGCCCUGUCCGGGACGUGGCGGACUCCUGCAGAACUGGGGCAGCGACAAAUGUGAUAUUUGGGCUGGCUCUGGGGUACAAGUCCGUGAUAGUGCCCAUAUUCGCCAUCGCUGCAGCAAUCUAUGUGAGCUUCAGCUUGGCAGCAAUGUAUGGCAUCGCCGUGGCAGCUUUGGGGAUGCUCAGCACCAUUGCAACAGGGCUCGCGAUUGACGCUUAUGGACCUAUAAGCGACAAUGCCGGAGGGAUCGCUGAAAUGGCAGGCAUGAGCCGCAGGAUCCGUGAACGAACAGACGCUCUGGAUGCGGCCGGAAAUACAACUGCUGCCAUCGGCAAGGUACCGCCUUUUGUCAUCCACUGGUGUCGUGAAUCGUUUGUACUUUUAUAAUGUGAUGCAACUUGAUAGCCUCGAUCUCGUCUUCAGGGUUUCGCGAUUGGAUCUGCGGCCCUUGUCUCCCUUGCUCUGUUCGGUGCUUUUGUGAGCAGAGCUGGGCUCAAGGGUGUUGAUGUGUUGGCUCCGAAGGUCUUCAUCGGGCUACUCGUGGGUGCCAUGCUUCCAUACUGGUUUUCAGCCAUGACAAUGAAGAGUGUUGGCAGUGCCGCUCUGAAGAUGGUGGAAGAAGUCCGCCGGCAGUUCAAUACGAUUCCCGGCCUCCUGGAAGGAAGGACGAAGCCGGAUUAUGCAACUUGUGUGAAGAUCUCCACUGACGCCUCACUGAAGGAAAUGAUCCCUCCUGGUGCAUUGGUUCUGCUUACACCCUUGAUCGCCGGGACCUUCUUCGGUGUUGAGACUCUCUCUGGAGUUCUUGCUGGCUCUCUUGUGUCUGGUGUACAGGUUUGUUUCCUUCACAUGGUGUUUCCAUACAUGCAAUCAUCACUGAAGUCUCGAUCCACGAAGAGUAAUAACGCUCCUCGUUGAAGACUCAGAAUGGUGUUCUCCAUGUGCAGGUUGCUGUCUCAGCUUCCAACGCCGGAGGUGCCUGGGAUAACGCAAAGAAAUACAUAGAGGUACCUUGGAAAACAACCUGUCUCAUUCAACGGCUCUGACUUGACUACGACUUUACCUCAAUUGUGAGAAUUUAAAGAUAAGCAUAGACUAUGUGAUAACUCCCAACUUGGGUUGACUUGUCCAGGCGGGUGCCACCGAACACGCAAAGAAAUUGGGUCCCAAGGGGUCUGAUCCGCACAAGGCAGCUGUCAUCGGCGACACAAUUGGCGAUCCCCUCAAGGACACUUCAGGCCCUUCCCUGAACAUCCUUAUAAAGCUUAUGGCCGUAGAAUCACUCGUCUUUGCUCCAUUUUUUGCGAAGCACGGAGGGCUGCUUUUCAAAUGGUUUUGA